AGUUCCCUUUAAAGUUACACUAAUACUGAAACAGACGAGGCAUUAUCGUCCGAUGAUUAAUUUUCUACCAGCUAUAAUUCUUGCUUUCGGAAUUUUAUUUAUUACUUUUUUAACGUAAUAGCGAUAAAAUUGUUGUCUUUCAGCCACCGUAGUUCAAAACGGUUUUUCCAUUCCCCUUUUCCUGUGUCAUCAUAUCUCCAAGACUUGUUUUCGCUUUCAUCGUAUGGCUGCUAUCGUCAUGUGUAUAAAAAACGAUCGCUGAGAAAUAAGGAUUAUCUCCCAUCAGUCGAUCAACGCAGUGCGUUGUGGUCAGUAGACGUUGCUUCUUGCGGUCUGGCAACAGCACAUUUCCAAAAUGCUCGCGAAAGUCUCGUGGAUUGUCGUGAUAUUUUGCAUUUAUUACACUUCUGCUCAGCAGAUAACGCCAGCUUGUUUAGAAUGUAUAUGUUUAGUUACUUCAGAAUGUGACAUCAAUGUAGGCUGUAACGGACCAGUUUGUGGACCAUUUUACAUAACAAAACAGUACUGGACUGAUGCUGAUAAACCCGCUUUAAGCGACAAACCAGCUGAUGAAGACGAAGAUCAGACCUAUCGCAAUUGCGCCAACAAUGUAUACUGUGCUGCUCGUGUGCUACAAAAUUAUAUGUCUAAAUUUGCUAAGGAUUGCACCGGAAAUGGAGUGAUUGACUGCGAGGAUUAUGUACGUCUUCACCGAUUUGGUGCAAGCGGCUGCGCUGUUAAUUCACUACACAAUGUUUAUGAGGGCAUAUUUAAAAGGUGUAUAAACUCCUUCGGAACAUCUGCAUAAUGCAUGUAUGUGAUACUACGAUUUGAUAACAAUCGAUUAUUUACUGCAGUAUACAUGCAAUACAUAUACUGCAAUACAUACAAUACAUGUCCGGGACAAAUAAAUAGAAUAAUAGUAUAUAAUAGUAAAUUUGGCAUAUAACUUUAUGUUACAACUGAUAAUUCUCUGUAACAGAUUUAAUUCUACAACAUUAAUAUAAAAAAAGCAAUUUUAUAUAAAGA